UUUUACGAGAGAAAAAAACAAUUCCGAAUAAUUGUGAAUUUCUUAAUUUAUUAUUAUAAAGACAGUGAAGUGAACAAGUUUAAACGUUAAAAAUGACUGAGGUCGAUAUACUUAAUAAACUUGAAAAUCAUUUACGUAAUUUGAAACUUUCGGGCCAUGUUGGAUUCGACAGUCUCCCUGAUCAAUUGGUCAACAAAAGUAUUCAAAAUGGCUUUGUCUUUAACAUCUUGUGUAUUUCUGAGACGGGUCUCGGUAAAAGUACAUUGAUGGAUUCACUUUUCAAUACUAAUUUUGAGUCAGCACCAAGUCCUCAUACGCUUCCAAAUGUAAAAUUAAAGGCACAAACUUUUGAGUUGCAAGAAAGCAAUGUCAGAUUGAAGCUGACAAUUUGCGAUACAGUAGGUUAUGGUGACCAAAUUAACAAAGAUGAUUCAUUCAAGUCUCUUGUCGAUUACAUCGAUCAGCAAUUUGAAACAUAUUUGCAGGAAGAAUUGAAGAUCAAAAGGUCAAUAUCUACUUAUCAUGAUAGUAGAAUUCAUGCAUGUUUAUAUUUCAUUUGUCCAACGGGUCAUGGUUUAAAAUCAUUGGACUUGGUGUGCAUGAAGAAACUUGAUACAAAAGUCAACGUCAUUCCAAUUAUUGCCAAAGCUGAUACUAUUUCAAAGACCGAAUUGCAGAAAUUUAAGGCAAAAAUUAAUGAGGAACUUCAAGCUAAUGGUGUUCAGAUUUAUCAUUUUCCCACUGACGACGAAACCGUCGCAGAACAAAACAACAAUAUGAACUCACAUAUUCCGUUUGCUGUUGUUGGAAGUACAGAAUUCGUCAAGUUGGGCAGCAAAAUGAUUCGUGCUAGAUCUUAUCCUUGGGGCAUUGUCCAAGUUGAGAAUGAAGCACAUUGCGACUUUGUGAAGCUACGUGAAAUGCUGAUUCGCACAAAUAUGGAAGAUAUGCGCGAAAAGACGCACACAAAACACUACGAAUUGUAUCGUCAGAGGCGCUUAGAACAAAUGGGAUUUACUGAUGUCGAUAGUGAAAAUAAGCCAGUCUCAUUCCAGCAAACAUUUGAGGCUAAGCGCUCCAAUCACGUAGCUGAAUUGCAGGCAAAGGAAGACGAAGUGCGCCAAAUGUUUGUCGUUCGUGUCAAAGAAAAAGAAGCAGAAUUAAAAGAAAGUGAAAAAGAGUUGCAUGCCAAAUUCGAAAAGUUGAAAAAGGAUCAUGCCGAAGAGAAACGUAAAUUGGAAGACUCGCGAAAGAAGCUCGAAGAGGAAUUUGUGGAAUUCAAUCGACGAAAGACUCAAUUCAGUACAGGUCAUACGUUGACACUUGGAAAGAAUAAAAAGAAAUAGAGUUUUGGGUUCCUACUCAAUGAUUAAGCUCAACAUUUUAUCUGGCAUCUAGUAGAAUAGUCCAAAUCAUUGAGGUAAUUUUUUUCUACCAAAAAAAAUAAUAAUUACAUGAAAAAUUUUAAGACAGUAUGAAACAGCUUUUAAGCUCCACUAUCACCAAAAUUUCAAAUUUCUUAGCUAAUUUUUCAAGUAAAUCUUUCAAUAAGGUAAUGUAAUUUUAUGAAAACUCAUAAAGUAUUCACAAGUUUGACUUAAAAAAAACUCCAUUUUAAAUAUUUCGCUGCCAAAGUGCUGUACAUGUAUAUUCUAUACCUAACGCAAAAAAAAAUCAUUUUCUCUCGCGCUCAUUUAGUUUGAGUAAUUUACGAAUAGUGAGAAGAUAUGUAAGUAGAUAUUUCAAGUAUUAAAAAAUCUUAUAUAAUAAAUACCUGACUCAAAUUGUGCGCGGCUACAUAAAUAAUUUUAGAAAAAAUAGUCCUCGUUUAAUGCACAAGUUCUUUUAUCUUAUUUUAUUUCAUUUUAACAAAGUGUCUCUCUAUGUUCUCAUGUAUGAUU